AUGGAUUCCCACGCAGCCUUGGAGCUGCUGGAGUACUUGCGCACCGGAUAUCCCAUCCUCCUCUUAAUCCUCUUUGUCGUCACCUUCAUCCUCAACACCGUCGUUACCGCGCGGAAAGCCCGCAACAAUGACUCUCAGCGCUUUGGCCCCGGAGGCAGGUUACUGCCUCAACGAUCUCGAAGUGUUCCUUACAAACCCCGAGAAUUCUCAAAGAACGUCAAACAACUCUUCACCAUCCUCUCCGCACUCAUCCCCCUCACCUUCGUUGCCGAUGCAACUAUUUAUAUCUUACAUGUCAUGGCCGCCAGGUCAGAGAACUGGUGGCGAGGCCAGCCUGCAGUGAUCUACAUCGUCGGCUCGUUCUUUGUUUAUGCAGUGCUGCUCAUGGCAUUGCUAGACACCUCUCCGUCCCCUACAAUCGCACAAUUCGUGUGUUGGUCGGUCGCCAUUCCUGUCGAAUUGGUGAUUUUGAGCACAUCCCUCUCGGUUUACACCUCGGUUCACCAUGAACCUGUUGUUGGGAACCCAGAGGGCGGCAAGCUUCGGAAAGGGAUCACCUUUUGGGAAACCCUGGAGGUAGGAUCCAACAGUCUGCGUGUGCUCAUUCUAUUCGCCUUGGUCGUCCUCUAUGCUUGCCAAACGAUGAGCUUGAAGAGCCACGAGAAGGAGAACCAGCGGGCCAAUGGAGCCACCGAAGCCACAGGACUUCUGGAUUCGAGUAGAACCGAAAAUGGAAACGGCAAUGGUCACGGCAACGGCAAUGGAACGAAUGGUCACACGUACGGCUCAACAAAUGGAACCGCUCGCCCCCAAGCCCCCAAGCCUGAUCCGUGGGUGCGUCCCACUACGGUUCCCUCUACCAGUUGGUGGGAAUAUCUGGCCGGAUACUCGCUCUUUUUCCCAUACCUGUGGCCAUCUAAAUCCCGCCGGCUGCAGAUUGUGGUGACUGUUUGUUUUGUGCUGCUCGUCUGCCAGCGCGCUGUCAACGUUUUGGUGCCGCACCAAGUGCAGAUAAUCACCGAGUCUCUCACUGACAAUGAAGGUAAAGACUUCCAGGUCCCAUGGACUCAAAUCUGCCUUUAUGUGGUGUAUCGUUGGUUGCAGGGCAACCAGGGUUUGCUCAGUUCUCUGCGCUCCAGCCUUUGGAUUCCUGUGAGCCAGUAUUCCUACAUGGAGCUUUCAACUGCCGCCUUUGAGCACGUGCAUGGUCUUAGCUUGGACUUCCACCUUGGAAAAAAGACAGGCGAAGUCUUGUCCGCGCUCAGCAAGGGCAGCUCGAUCAACACUUUCCUGGAGCAAGUCACCUUCCAGGUUGUGCCGAUGCUCAUCGAUCUGGUCAUUGCGUUCGUGUACUUCUUGAUUGAAUUUGAUGCGUAUUACGCUUUGGCCGUCGGUAUCUCUACAUUUGGCUACCUCUAUGUCACUAUUCGGAUGGCUCAAUGGAGAGCAGAAAUCCGCAGGCAGAUGGUUAACGCCUCUAGGCAAGAAGAUGCUGUGAAGAAUGAUUCGAUGGUCUCAUAUGAAACCGUCAAAUAUUUCAACGCCGAGCAAUAUGAAUUCAACAGAUACCGUGGUGCCGUGGGUGACUUCCAGAAGGCUGAAUAUCACGUUCUGUUUUCCUUGACACUCCUCAAUACUUGUCAAAAUACAGUGUUCAUGAUGGGUCUCUUGGUGAUGUGCUUUAUCUGUGCAUACCAGGUAUCUAUUGGUCAACGCCCUGUGGGCAAGUUUGUGGCUCUCUUGACCUAUAUGGUGCAGCUUCAGGGCCCACUGAACUUCUUCGGUACUUUUUACCGAUCCAUUCAGUCGGCAUUGAUAAAUGCCGAGCGUCUCUUGGAGUUGUUCCGCGAGCAGCCAACUGUGCUUGAUAACACCCGUGCCACCCCGCUGGCUUUGUGCAAGGGCGAUAUCAAGUUUGAGGACGUCGAAUUUGCCUACGACGCACGGAAGCCCGCCUUGAAUGGCCUUACUUUCCACUGUCAUCCCGGAACCACUACCGCUUUGGUUGGUGAAUCUGGCGGAGGCAAGUCCACUGUCUUCCGUCUCCUGUUCCGGUUUUACAACUCCGAGAAUGGCCGCAUUCGCAUUGAUGGGCAUGAUGUUCAGGACAUCACCAUUGAUUCGCUUCGCAAGCAUAUCGGCGUUGUACCCCAAGAUACCGUAUUAUUCAACGAGACUUUAAUGUACAAUUUGAAGUACGCCAAUCAGGACGCUUCUGAUGAAGAUGUCUACGAGGCCUGCCGUGCUGCCAGCAUCCACGACAAGAUUUUGGCAUUCCCUGAUGGUUACAAUACCAAGGUCGGAGAGCGUGGCUUACGACUCAGUGGAGGCGAGAAACAACGUGUGGCUAUCGCACGUACAAUCAUCAAAAACCCUCGUGUCAUUCUGCUGGACGAGGCCACCGCCGCGCUAGACACAGAUACAGAAGAGCACAUCCAGAGAGCUCUCUCUACACUCUCGCGAGGUCGCACGAUGUUGGUUAUUGCCCACCGUCUCAGCACAAUCACAACCGCGGACCGCAUUUUGGUUCUUUCCGAAGGCCAAGUAGCUGAGAGUGGCACCCACGAAGAGCUGCUGGCCAUGAAGGGCCGAUACGCUAGUAUGUGGCGGAAGCAAAUUCGGGCUCAAAAGGCAGCAGCAGAAGCACAGUCUCUUGCUGAACGAAUUCGCACUGCUACCACCAGCGACGACAGCUCGAGCCAAUCUGACGAAGACCGUAAGAUUGGUGCUCGUCGGACCAAUUAA